GCUUCUCUGUCAGUCUUCACUCAUUUUCACCGCAGUUCCCAAGUAGAGUUUGGGUCGUCGCUGCAGGUAAAAAUGUCAUUUGUGGACACAAUCAGACAGUGGGAUAAGGGGAUAGCCUAUGCCGACAACAAGGACUGGACAGCUGCUCUAAACGUGUUUUUGGACAUCCGGGAUCAAAACUCAAAAAUAUUUUUCAACAUUGGGUCCCUCCACCUGAACAAUCACGAGCUAGAUGCUGCAGAAAAGGCUUUCGACAAAAGCAUCUGCAAGGAUGAACACUUGGCCAUUGCCUUCUUUCAAAGAGGAAUAACAUUUUACAAAAAAGAGAUGUUUGAGGAAUCUCGAGGUGAUUUUCAAAAUGCCUUCGCAGAAUUACGAGGAAAUCAGCUUAUUGACUACAAUCUUCUAGGUCUCAGAUACAAGCUAUAUGCUUGCGAGGUUCUACACAACAUGGCCCUCACCCAGGCCCAGUUGGGCCAGUGGGAUAAAGCACAAGGGAGCCUCCUUACUGCCUUAAACCUGAAGACCGAGUCAAAACAUGCUUACAUUGACCAGGCUCUGGAAUCUAUCUUAAAACAUAGGAUGUUUGAUCUGGUGGAGAUCAAGAGAGGGACACUGUUCAGACCAAAAAAGCAUUAUGUAGCUGAGCUGGAGAAUAAAGAUUAUAUGGGCAAGGCAAAAAUACUUGCUUCCAUUGUUCCUGAGGAUAAAUUCUCAGGAUUUGCUCCCUUACAACCACAGGUUGAAGAGGCUCCAGUUCAGCCCAAAACACCUGAAGUAUUAAGGGCACUGGAAGGGGAUCCCCAUAGCGUACUUUAUGAGUUCCUCCCAGAGACUGAGGAUGAGCUCGGUGUACUGCCAGGAAACAUUGUUUUUGUAUUGGAGAAAGGAUCAGAUAAUUGGGCAACCGUCUUUUUCAAUGGGAAGAAAGGGCUUGUUCCUUAUAAUUAUCUGGAACCCGUUGAGAUAACCUUAUCUUCGAAGCAAGGACAGGCAGAUAAUCUGAGCGAUGCCAUUCCUGCCCCUCCCAGAGGAGAAGCUCCCACUAGGCCAAAAAGAAGAAGAGCCCCAGACUCACUUAAAACUUCAAGUGCAUUGAAAACAGCUGCCAAGGCCAAAGAGACAAGAAAGGUCCAGAGAUGCAUUGUGAAAAUACACUUCAAAUACACCCUUGCCAUCACCACAGCUCCAGGACUUCCAUACAGUGCUUUACUGCAAAAAAUUGGCCAGAAACUGGGUUUGCCAGUCCAACAAAUAAUCUUAAGUUAUAAAAAAAGUGGCUCGAAUACAAAAGUAACAGUCAACGAGUCAGAAAUGGAUAGCGUGUGGAAGAGUGUCCAGAAUGACCGACUGGUACUGUGGUGUGAUCUCAGCCCAGUGGAGUGCCAAUCCACUGGAUCCACAGAGGAAACGGACCACAAACCUCAAGUUCUUGCAACGAUGGUGGCCCUUCAUGCCUUCGAAGGUUCUCAGCCAGAGGACCUUCAACUCCAGUGUGGUGAUAUUGUCACAAUUCUCUCAAAAGUGAAUAAUGAAUGGUUCGAGGGACAGUGUAAUGGGAAGGUGGGCAUUUUCCCAGCUCUUUUUGUGGAAGAACUUGUUAUGGAAGAUAAACCAAUAUGAAGAUGUUAAAUGAAACUUCAGUAAAUCAGUAAGAUACAUGCUUCUUAAAUUGUAAUAAAAUAGUGCCAAAGUAAAAGCUUUUUACUAUAUAAACAUAUUACUGUACUGUAACUUUCAUGCUUUUGUUACUUUGUGUAGCAUAAAACAGUAGAGAACAAAUGAAAUAUUACAUACUACAUAAGUACUAUUUUGGACACAUUACUUGUAUUGAGCAUCCGUUAAUCUGUUUACUUUCUUACUGAGAUAAUUGUUACUGCAUGCAAUGUUGUACAUUGAAAUAUUUGAAAAUUUGUUUAAAAAAUUUCUACAAAAGUGUAUUUUUUAUGUUUGGCUACAGAAAAUUAAUUUUAAUGAAACUUCCGAUGUAACUUGUUGAUGAAAUAGAUUAGGGAAAGAGGAAAGAGAGUUAUGGAUCAAAUGAAUUGCAAUCCUUAUGAUAAAUAAAUACUCCUGGCACAAAAAA